AGUAUGGUGGAGCCAAAGGUGGCUCUCAUCACGGGCAUCACUGGGCAGGACGGGUCCUACCUUGCAGAGCUGCUGCUCAAAAAGGGGUAUGCGGUGCACGGCGUCAUCCGCCGCUCAUCCUCCUUCAACACCCGCCGGAUCGAAGACCUGUACCAGGACCCGCACGUGGACACACGAAAGCUGUACCUGCACUACGGCGACCUGACCGACUCGACCAACUGCUUCGAGAUCGUAUCAUCCCUGAGA